AUGCCACGAUUAUCUGCUGCAGAAAAGCAGCGCCGUUAUCGUGCACGGCGAGAUGCUGAUCCUGCGAAAAGGGAGGCAUACUUGGCAAAAGGCAGGCAGAAAUGGAGAGAAAAGAGGGAGCAAGGUGCAUACUAUAAGCCCAUAUCUGAAAGGAGUGAGAGGGAAAAACGUGCAAAGAGAAAGGCCUGGAGAAGAGCCCAGAAACAGAGCAGACGCAGAAAGAAACAGGCUUCUGCUAUUGUUACCCCACCACUGAGUCCUGACAGCCAGGAACAACCAGUUCCACAACCAGGAAGACAGAGAAUACAAGGAAGAAGGACUAAAAGAAGACAGUACCAGAAAAUAUACAUUGAGAAUCACAAACUCAAGGAAAAGCUUAAAGCUCAAACAAAAAUAUCAGACAAAUACCGUAAGCGAUAUGAACGGCUACUGUGCAGUGUCGACUCUCCUAGGAAAAGAACAAAAAGGAUGCUCGGAACAAGUCCAGUCAGUGAGGAUGUGCGGAGAACUCUGGUCUAUCAUCAUGCACUUGUGAAAAGCCUCAAACAAAAAUUUCAGUGUGCAGCAAAAGAAAAGACCAGGAACCUUAUCGCCAGAAUCGUAUCUGGAAAAAUAUUGAAAAAAUACAGGUUCCAGAAAAUCAUUCAUGACACACUGGGGGUCUCAGCCAAACGAUUCUGCAAGAAUGUGAACACAAAUGGGGACGAAAUAGCCUGUUUUGCCAGGAAGAAAUACAUAUCCACACACUUAAAACUGCAAGACCAGGUUGUUGCCUUUUACACCAGGGAUGACGUAAGUCGUUCAACAGCAGGUAAAAAGUAGACCGUAACAAAGGGAAAAGUAAAGCAGCAGAAGCGGUUUAUGACUGACACUAUGAAAAACCUCCAUAGGAAAUUCCUGCUGGAAAAUGUCUCUAGCAAACUUUCCUAUACACUUUUCUGCCGAAUGCGCCCAUACUGGGUAGUCCAUCCAACCAUUGCAGACCGAGAUACGUGUCUAUGUAAGGUACAUGAAAACUUGGAAUUUAUCGUGGAGAAACUUCAUGGACUUAAACUUCUGGAGAGAACAGAGUUGGAAUCUCUUGCUGAGGAAACUUGCUGUAAUCCAACAUUUAAGCCAUGCAUGUAUGCAGAAUGCAAGAACUGCAAACUACAAGACCUCAAGAUUCAGUCUGGCUAUGAUGGUCAAACCCAAGUUUCUUAUGUGCAGUGGACAACUGAAUCUGUCAUCAGAGAGAAGAAAAGUGGUGACAGCAAAGAAAAGUUGCCUGUGAAUAUCACAGUGAAGAGGGAAAUGGAGAGUUCUUUGGAGGACCUGAUUGAGACUUUCCAGAAACAGCUCAAAAAGUUCAAAAGGCACUUGUUCAACAUCAAGACCCAGUUUAACUACUACAGGGAAUUGAAAAAAAAACAUGAAGAGUAAUGAAUGCCUCAUACACAUUGAUUUCUCUGAAAACUACUCUUGCAAGUUUCACAAAGAGAUUCAAGCUGUCCAUUUCGCCUCUUCUCAUCAACAAGCAACUCUUCAUACAGGGGUCCUCUACAUUGGUGGUGAGGAAGACCACUUGUGCUUCACAACAAUUUCACCAUGCAAAGAAAAGGGUCCACCUGCCAUAUGGGCACACCUCUCCCCAGUACUUAACCAUCUCAAGGAAACAUGCCCAACAGUGUCAAUUAUCCACUUUUUCAGUGAUGGUCCCUGCUCACAAUACAGGCAGAAGGGCAACUUUUACAUGUUGACAACUGAAUUGUACAACCAGGGCUUUACUGCGGGUACUUGGAACUUUUUUGAGGCCAGCCACGGGAAGGGUGCCCCCGAUGGGGUAGGAGGCCUUCUGAAGAGAACAGCUGACAGAUUGGUGAGGCCAAAGUGAAGACAUUUCCACUGCUAAACAUCUUUUCAAUGCAUUGGUAAAGAUCAAUACAGCUGUCAAGAUCUUCUACAUUGAAGAGGCUACAGUGGAAAAGGCCAUACAGCAGAUGCCAAAACAACUCCCCGCUGUACCAUGCACUAUGCGGAUUCACCAGGUCAUCACGCAAGCACCAGGGAAACUGACAUACCGUGAUGUGAGCUGCCUGUGUUCAACAAGGCAGAUUCUGCAAUGUCAAUGUUACCAAGCUCAGGCCUUCGACUUCAAAGUCAACUCAGCUGUUCCUGCAUUGCACCAAGAACAACCAGACCUUGAAGUACAGUGGGAUAGAGAUGACAUUGUUGGUAAGUGGUGUGUCAUCAGAUAUGACGAUGAGGUUUACCCUGGAACCAUUGUUGAAGUGAGUGAGACACAUGUUCAUGUUAAGUGCAUGCACAGAGUGGGACACAAUCGUUUCUUUUGGCCAAUGCGAGAGGAUGCGCUCUGGUAUCCAUUUGAGGAUGUGCUCAGGUUGAUUCCUGCCCCACAGCACGUGACAGCACGUCAUGUUGAAAUAAAAAGAGAUUUGUGGGAAGAUAUUGCCAAAUCAUAUCUUAAUGGCUAAGGACACACACACACACACACGCUAACAAACGUGGCACAAGCACA